AUGCAACCUACCAAUUGUCUAGAUGAUGAUCCCAUAGCGAGGCUGCCCUUGCCAUCGCAAACUCCUUGCAAUGUUCUGCCCCGGAUGGAUGGUUCAGUAACUGUUGCUUCGCCCUCCCCCAGUAACAGCCAAUCACCGUCGGAGGCAUCCGAGCGGCGAACGCUGCCCGUGCCUCCGCAAACAAAUGCAGCACCCAAUGAUCUGCAAUUUAAACACCUUUCUCUGUCCAACGCACCCAUCCCAUCGUCACCUGCUCCGGCCUACUCGCGCGAUAAUGUCUCCGAUAGCCAGACGCACCCGCCUGCAUCAUCUUUUAAUUCAAGCCUGUAUCCUGCUCCCGAGGCACCAGUGAUUUUGACACCGCCAACACAAGCUGAACGCUGCGGAGAAGAUGCCGAUAGACGUGCUCCUUACGACUCGUUUCUUUGCCAUGCUCCUCCCCCAGAUACUUGGAUAGCUGUGGAGACUUCGUCGUCGGAGUAUCGGCUGGUUGUGCGACUCCCUGGCUUCAGAAGGGAUGGCAUUACGAUUGCUACUCGCAGGCGCCGCAUCCUUCACGUCGUUGCUGAUUCAUGGGAGCCUGAAGGCGGGCACUUCGAACGUCGUGUGUUAUUCGGAUAUGACGCUGAUCUGGCGCAAGUGCGCGCAGAAUUUGACGGACAGAUCCUUCGUAUCAUCGUUCCUCGGCGUGUUCCGGCAGUUUCUUGGUAUAACCAUCAGUAA